UGUGUGUGUGUGCAUGUAUGUAUCAUGCAUGCUUACCACAGUGAGGCGCUGUGUGUUUCUGCAGAUCUCCUCCUGCUCCUCCUCCUUUCCACACACUCUUUCUCACUCUGUCCCUCUCCCCUCUUUCUCUCUCCCUCUUUCCUCUUUCCUCUUUCCGAUGAGGAUCUCUCAUCUCUUCUGCUUCAUGAUCAGCCGGUCUAAUCAAAUCACCAUGGCCACGCUACCUUCCCCACUUCUUCCUCUCUUUCUCUGCUCUUCAUACUUUCUCUCUUUCACUCCAUCCAGCUUCUUCUUCCUUUCUCCCUCUCUUGUUCUGAAUCUGGGUCAUCCACUAUCAUGACGGACAGUCUCCCAUUAUCACCCUCUCCUCUUCUCCCCUAAAGCAAGAAAGGAAAUAAGGGAGGAAAAGUAGGUGAGAGAGGGGUAAGGGAUGAGAGAAAGUCACAGAGUGCCCUGUUUGUCUGAACGCACGCUCUGAUUGGCUGCUCAUCCUGCUGGUGUCACAUUCUGCCCUCUUCACAUGUUCACGCAUCGCAGUGUCCUCACAUGAGUAUAACACUCUAAUGCACGCUCAUACACACACACACACAUACAGAGAAACCCAUGAGUGCUGCCGGACACCACUGGAAUAAUGACUUUACACUGGAUUCCUUCAACCUGUCCUCUUCCAAAGCGGACUAACCAUCGUCCUUGUCGGUUCAAAUGAACCCGGAGCGUGGCGGAGGUCACAUGAUCUCCACCGAUGACCUGGAGUACCCACGUGAAUAUCGCACGCUGGGAAACAGCACGCGACGCUUCUCCAACGUGGGGCUGGUCCACACCUCUGAACACCGGCACACGGUCAUCGCCGCCCAGAGCCUGGAGGCCCUCACCAACCUGCACAAGGCCGACAUGGAACGCAAGCGGGACACAUUCAUGGACCACCUGAAAAAUAAGUACCCUCCUCAGCACUCCCUACCACCCUCUCCAUCCCCCUCGCACGGCAGCAUGAGGGGCACUGCAGAGAGAAGCGCACGUGAACAGCAACAGCCAAACUACUGGAGCUUUAAGAGCCGUAGUCCACGUCACUCCCAGUCCACUCAGUCAGGUUUGGCAGACCAGGCGUCUAAACUGUCCUUCGCAUCUGCUGAGUCUCUGGAGACCAUGUCGGAGGCCGACAUGCCGCUGGGCUUCAACCGCAUGAACCGUUUCCGUCAGAGCCUCCCACUCUCUCGCUCUGCAAGCCAGAAUAAACUACGCUCUCCAGGUGUCCUUUUCCUGCAGUUUGGAGAUGAGACCAGACGUGUUCAUAUCACUCACGAGCUCAACAGUUUGGAGACCUUGCACGCACUCAUCGUGCACAUGUUCCCUCAAAAGCUGACAGCAGGAAUGCUAAAGUCUCCGAACACGGCCAUCUUGAUCAAAGACGAAGCGAGGAACGUUUUCUACGAGCUGGAGGACGUGAGGGACAUACAGGACCGCAGUAUCAUAAAAAUCUAUCGCAAAGAGCCCAUCUAUGCCUCCUAUCCUGCGGCACAUCUGGCCAACGGAGACCUCAGGAGAGAGAUGGUUUAUUCAUCCCGGGACUCCUCACCUACCCGUCGCCUCAACACUCUCCCUUCCUCCUCUGGCUCGACCUCCUCCGGUUCUCCUUCCCGAUCCCGUCUCUCCUACAGUGGAGGUCGGCCCCCCUCUUUUGCUGGUCCGGGUCACCCUCACUCACAGGGUCCCCAACAUCCGUCCCACUCCCACCACCCUUCGCCCUCUCACGGACAAACUCAAGGCCUAAACUCCUCCUCCUCAGCCAUCCUGGAGCGGCGUGAUGUCAAACCCGAUGAGGAGAUGUCUGGUAAAAGCAUGGUCCUCCUGAAGAAUGAAGGUCUUUAUGCUGAUCCGUACAGCUUGAUGCAUGAGGGUCGGCUUAGUAUCGCUUCUACUCAGUCCCUGGCCACCAUCGCCGACCCCUUCGGCUUCCCAGUGUCAGGAGGUCUGUACCGCAGAGGUUCGGUGCGGUCUCUCAGUACAUACUCAGCUGCAGCACUGCAAAGCGACCUGGAGGACAGUCUGUAUAAGCCUGGAGGUUCUCUAUACUCCGAUACCUACAGCAGCUCCACACUCGGCAUGGGCUUUCGUCUGCCACCCUCCUCCCCACAGAAAAUUCCUGACGUGCAGCUGCGUGACAGGGAAUCAUUCACUGGGUCCCCCAGCCGAGGGUCACCUGUGAGAACCACCUUCCGCAAAGACUCUGCUUCCUCUUCCGUGUUUGUGGAGAGUCCGAAGUCCAGACCCAGCUCCAGUUCUGAACCCCUAGGAGAUGGGAGUAAGGGGCCUGGAUUUGGGUCGUCAUUGUCUGGGCCAGAGACGGACACACGCAGGGAUCGUAUGGAGGCAAUGGAGAAGCAGAUAGCCAGUCUGACUGGGCUGGUUCAGAGCGUCCUAACCCGAGCACCAGACAGCGACAGCACAUGCGGCCUGCUGCGUCUCUGCAUGAUGGCGGGCUGCCCUCCGGACCAGGGGGCGGACUUUUCACGGCCCUUCCCUUUCUCUUCCAGCGAGAAGACCGAAUCCACCAGCGACGGCUCCGCCACAGGAACUGGCCGGCUGAAGAAGAAAGCACUGACUCCAUCUGCUCCGCUGGCACUGAUGCCUCCACCUUCAUCUGGAGGCUCUCAGGCCUCCACCAUCUCCAGGCUGCAGAUGCAGCUUCACCUGCAUGACCUACAACAGAAUGCCACCGAUCUGCGCAAACAGCUCAAACAGCUCCGUAAGAUGCAGUUGCAGAACCAGGACUCCAUAUGCAGUCUGCUGAAGAGGACUGAGACAGAGCUGAGUCUGCGUCUAUCAGAUGCAUUAAGGAAACAGGAAGACCCUCUCCAGAGACAGCGCCUCCUAGUGGAAGAGGAGAGACUCAAGUAUCUGAAUGAGGAGGAACUCAUCAUACAGCAACUGCAUGAUCUGGAAAAGUCAGUGGAGGAAAUCCAGAAGGAGAUGUCUGUCAAUCACCGACAUUUGACAGUGCAGGAGCUGGAGGAGAAAAGCUCGCUGCUGAGGAAACUGGGAGAGACUCUCACAGAGCUGAAGAAUCAGUUUCCAGGCCUCCAGAGUAAAAUGCGUGUGGUGUUACGAGUGGAAGUGGAAGCUGUGAAAUUCCUGAAAGAGGAGCCACACAGACUGGACGCCCUGCUUAAACGCUGCAGAUCUAUCACAGACACUCUCUCCACACUGAGGAGGCAGGUGAAUGAAGGAGUGUGGAAAACCCAGGAUGAGUAUUCCAGUCCCUCUCCUAAACUCGGAGGAGGGGAUGAGUACAGGAAGAACCCAGACUUCGACAUUCCAACCAGCCCACCGCUAAGCCUCAAUGAGACCAGCCUGGCUAACUGGAGCCCUCACUCUGGUCAAGGCCACAGCCACUCAAACCCUUCUAGUGCACAGCGUGAGAGAGAUUCUCAUGGGGUGGUGGGCUCGUUGAAGGGACGGGAGCUGGGUGAACUGGGAGGUCGAGGCGGGUCUGAUAAGGCCUCAUCUGUGGAAGUGAGACUGGCAGCAGAGCGGGAUUGGGAAGAAAAGAGGGCCAGUCUAACACAGUACAGUGCUCAGGACAUUAAUCGACUGUUGGAGGAGACUCAGGCGGAGCUCAUGAAGGCAAUUCCUGACUUGGACUUUGCUGCCAAGCAGAUCAGACCUGCUCAGAACCAGAUUCAAAACCAAAACCAGAGCCCGAGUCCAUCUAAUACCAAUGCCACACCUGAACACAAGCCAAAUAAACCUCAGAAUAAACUUUCCAGUAAAGAUAACGGAUCCAGACGAGGCUCGGAUGAACUGACGGUGGCAAGGUAUCGAACGGAGAAGCCCUCAAAAUCCCCCCCUCCACCACCUCCCCGCCGGAGUUUCCCCUCCUCCCCUGGGCUUACUACACGCAGCGGAGAGAUGAUCAUUCCUGGGAAGAGUAUAAAGAAGUCAGAAUCAGAGGAGACUGAGUCUCAGAAGCCACACGUUAAGCUGAGGAGGAGUGUAUCUGAAGCCCCCCGACCGGCCUCCACCCCUCCAACCAUUGUUGCUGGAGAACAAGAGGAGGGUGCUGAGGAGAAGUUAGCAGCUGAGCUGGAGCUGAUCACAUCUAAGCAUGGUGAUGAUCACUCCAGUGAUUUUACAGAGAAACCUCUGAUGCAGCACGGGAUGUCCUCCAGUUCAGUUCCCCAGAUAGUCUUAACUGAUUGUAACUCUCACCCCACGUCCCCUUCUGAGGACUCAGAAGAGACCCAGCCGUCUGACAGCAUGCAGACAAAUAAAGGCAAUAACACUGGAAAUGACAUCGGAGCAAGUUACUUCAGCCACAUUGUGAGGACUCCCCGUCUGUCGCUAUGGAAACAAGACUUGUCAACCAGCCAAAAAGUCCCUCGGAUUCAAAACUUGGAUGCGGCCCAAAGGGAGCUCCAGAGUCCAGUCCAGGAUGUGGCCCAGUCGUGCCCGCCCUUAACAACCGAGAGAGCAAUUAAACAGCCCCUGAGGAGGGAGCCAAGGGUUCAGGAGCCGACACAAACGAAAGAAGAGCGAAUUAGAAUUUCAGACACUACAUUGUCUGUCUGGCCACAAAAUGGGCUUGUAGAGACAUCUCAAGUGGGUUUGAGCCACACUCAAGGCGUUGGAGGGGAAAAGGAAGACAUCUGCCACAGCACGUACCGUCGUCUGGACAGUCUGGAGGAAACCAUCCGUGAGCUGGAGCUCAGCCUGAUGGAGUUCAGCACUGAUCCUCACAUGGGGAACAUCUUCCCAACAUCCGUCCAGGAGAAGAGUUCCUUCACCAAGAGACCUGGCAGCACUCAACAUACAGCACAGACCCCUGCAGACGGAGGAGACACUAACAAACCUGCUGUCCCACCCAAACCAUUCUGCAUCAGCACAUCCACAGCAAAGACUGGUGGUGGAAAAGUGUUGUCUCGUCUCAAGCACCUGCAGCAAAGUGGUUCAGAAAAGAGCAAAACAAGCAAACAGAGAGAGGACUUCCUUAAGAACCAGGCUCAACAGCAGGCUCUAAGUCUGAACAUCAGCAGAGCCAGAGCAACCGAGUCGCUCCUCGCAAGCACCAGAGCCGCUAGCUUCUCUGGCCACCUGCCCUCCAGAUUGCGAAAGUAUCCCCAGGAGGGGGCGCUGUCCUCCUUGACGGCCUCCUCCAACCAGGCCAAAGCACUUCUUGCUAGCCUCUCUGCAUCCAGUUUCUCGGCGGAGGCCCUCCUGCUCUCGUCCACCUUAAGACAGCAUCGGUUACUCAGAGAACAGAACGUCAACUCAUCAAGCCUUCCUUUUCCCAUCUCCAACGGCCGCUCCCCUCCCUCUCCGAAUUCACCUACUUCCUCUUCCUCAACCUCACCCUCUGCUCUCACCUCACUAAGUCUAUCCUCGCUGGCCCUGAAACCCUCCGUCACCGGAAGCUUGGAGUUUGUCAAGGAGCGGAACAAGACUGAACCCAAGAUGGUGACUCUGGAAGACAGUGAUUGAGGAUAUGGCUGGAAAUGCAGACAGUACAAGUAGAUGAACUGAAGUGUGACUGACCUAAAAAAAAAUUUGGAGGCUUAGUUUCUGUAGUGUUUUGUUCCUGAUCCUUUCACUGGAUAUCCUUACCAAGACGCCUUGCAGAGAAUGGUGACGUAGUGCACGGAGGCUUAGUGCAGCGUUUUGCAUCAUAGGCUCAUCCUUCUUCAGUUUGUGAACAGAUUCAAACUGUAAACCCUAUCUACUCUGCAUUUCUGCCAGUUCCUCAAACUAGAGAACCAACAGAUGGGCUUGGACACUCACCACCAGCCUGUUUCCAGCUCCACUGCACAGCCAGCAUCACACCACCCACGGGAGGCCUGGGGAAGGACUCUUUACCCAAACCCUCAUUCAUUUGCCAAAUCUCACAUGUUGGAGGUCUAGCUGAGUUCGGUAGAUGUCCAUCAAGUGUAAAAUCAAGACUGUAAGACUAUGUAAAACCAAGUAGAGUUGCAAUAAUCGAAAGUGAGUACUGUAGUAGUCAGUGUUUGUCGAGACGUUUUAUUGCUCAUAUCUAUAUUAACAAAAAGAAUGUUAAAAAAUAACAGCAAAAACUUAAUGUGGAGGCAGUGUCGCUCGUUCUAAUGUAGAUUUUGGCUAUCAGGCAUACUGCUAAAGGAAAAUAACUGAAAUUGGUGCUAUGAUUCACAUUUUGAUGAUUAUAAGCUCCCUUAAAGGGAUAGUUUAUCCAAAAAUGAACAUUCUGUCAUGAUUUACUCAUUUUUAUAUUGUUGCAAACUGAAUGACUUGCUUUCUGAAAAAUUCCUUGGUUUAUUGUCUAUACAAUAGAAGUCGGUAGGGUCUAACAAUGUUUGGGACUCCACUGACUUAAACUGUGUGGACAAAAACAUUCUUCACAAUAUCUUCUUUUGUGUUCUACAGAAAAAAAGCAAUUCAUGCAGAAUUUUCAUUUUCAGAAGAACUUUCUCCUUGAUACACAUACACUGCCUAAGAGUCUAUUUUUGUUCUCAUUUGCACUCAGAUAGGUCUUCAUACAGCCAUUUUACAUGUUUGCUGUAACUUAGCACAAGUUGUCAUGGCAACAGAGGAAUUGUGAGAAAGUGGAGGACUGCCUACUUUUGAAAUCACUUAUUAUGGGAUGGUGUUGUUAAGCUUUUGUUUUCUGAACAGUCACAUUUUUCCUCUGUAAGGAUAUAUUUAGAAUACUUCCCGGUUCUUGUCAUUACAGAAGCACAACAGGUUUUAGAAGCUAGAGAAAGUACAAUGAUCUGACAAUCAUCAAACAUUCGGCACAAGCUGUCUUAACCUUUGGGCCUCCCAGACUGUGAAGCUGAAUUCCAAUUUAAAAUGAACAAACAGAUGGUUAGGUUCACCGUGUAGGGGUUGCACAAGCAAGAAGACUAAGCGUAAUUCCACAGCAUGUAUGCCAGUGGACGUGAUCCAUCGAGUAGAAGACAUCUGUGCGGUAGAGCAUUCCAACUCAUCCUUUCUCCUAAUGAGCCAGUCAAACCCUCCGCUUACUUUUCUAUCAAACUACAGACACUUAGAUUCAAUAUCAUUUUUAGAAGGUAAUUGUGUGCCAGUUUAUGAUUACCUAGAAUGGUGAUAUAAAUAUGAACAUCACAUCCAUUCUCUGGUUUCAUUGCUCUCCACAGACAUAAUACUGAAAUGCAAAAGCAUAAUUAUUAUUUUGGUCAUUGAGGCUCUGGUUAUGCCCACCCAGCUGCUUUUCUCAUUCCAGUCCUUAUAACGCACACACACACAAACAAAAAAAAUAUUUUUUUUCCUAUGUUGCGAAUUUGUCAAUGCCACAACCUGCAGGUUUCCUCAUGAGCCCAGAGAAUUUAAAUGUGAAAAGCUGAGUGAGAGUGGAAUAGAAUGAGAUGAAUAGAGCAAGAGGGGAGAUUUUUCCAGCUUUCUGACAAAACCAGUGUGUGAAAUUGAUUGCUUGUGGUGCGGGGUUUAAAAUAAUGGCUUAAGCAAUAGGUUGACGUCGAGAGUAAAUGGCCAGAGGAGAGAUUAGUGGUGUUACUCCGUGUCUCGCAGCCAAAUCGGCCUGUAAUUCAUGUCUGAAAUGUACAAUGAUUCAUGUGGGAUGUGCUGCGAGAGGCAAAAAGGUCAAGCUAAGGCUGUUACAUGCAUGGAAACUCCUAAAUUUAAGCCAUGGCUUGAAUAUGGUGUUGUUUAAAUUGAACAUCUGUGAUUGAAAACAAAGCUUUAUUUGUAAUUCAUGCCGGGAUCUGCUUGUUAUACAAAAAGUUAAGCAACUCAAUGGUGGUUUGCAAAUUCCUUAAAAUUACAUUUGUUAAAAUGAUUAAAACUUGUCUUGAUUUGUUCUCUAGAUCUUUCACACUCUAGAUUUUUCAAGUCCUGUCUGGAAAGUUCACAGCUCGGCCUAUUUAAGGACUCAGACCAAACUAUUAUUACAAACUAGCAAAUUUAGCAAUUCGUCCUGCGGUGAGCACACUCAAAUGAUCAAAACAUUACCCUUGCGCCUACCGUUUCUCAGAAACCAGAAGCGGGUUUCAUGCUUGGAUGGAGAUGCUAAGAAUCUACAGCACAUCCUGUCAGGAAGUGCACUUCACCCUCUUAGUAAAGCCAUGGGUAGAAAUUUGUGUGCUAAGAAAAGACUUUCUUGACUACCCUCGGAGACUGUGAUGGAUAAAUGUAGGAAGGUGGUGAAAUCUCCCUUUUUAAAGUAGUAUCUUUCUCUCUCAAAACAUAGUAAGAUAUCAGCUCAGACAUGAUAUAUGAAUACAUCUUCAAAGUUAGUCAUUUAUUUUUCACUCAACAUGGUUGGUAAAAAAAAAAAAAAAAGUAUGAUACUAGAUUUGCGUUUGUAUAUUUUUUGUUUGUUGAUUUUAUAUUAACUGAGAUUUAUUUGUACAUAUUUUUGUUUUUGUAAUCUUGAUGAAAUAUAUAGCACACUGGAAAAUUAUUUAUUCAUAAGAAAAGUGUUUUGUAUAUUGAGUUGAAAAUAUUACUCUGUACAGCCCAGCUCAUGUAUGAAGUAUAGCUGCAUCUUACCACAGGUUGAUAUUUUGUUAAUUUUAUGAGUUUAUAAGUUGGGUAAAUCUGAAAAAGCCUUUAUCCAGCCAGCCAGUCAAAAGAAUUUAAUUAGUGUGAUCCGAGUGAAAUCAGGUGCAUUGCUGAUAUUCAUGAAGCUCUAAUCUGUAUUGUGACCUGAGAAUGUCAUUUGCUAACUCUUCAUUUGUUUGCUUUGGGUGGAAUGAAAUUAAAUGUGGCUAUAAUGGCAAAUGUAAAUGAACUGUCACAGCCAUCUAGUGGUAGGGAGUAAGUCUGAAAUGUAUUGCUUAUACUGUAGUUACUCAGUGAGGCACUACUGAAUAACAGAUGUUUAAACUUUCAGUGUACAAAUGCCUUGGUCAAGGAAACAGUAUGAGUUGCAGGUUAGAGUUCCCCCCAGAAAGACUGCAGGAAAUAGGAGCUGGAUGCUUCUGCUAGUUGUGUCUGGAGUAAUUUGGAGAAAGAAAGCACAUUCUUUGUUGAAUGGUCUUUGAUGGGACGUCUUUAUGUAGAAUAUUUUACCAGAGCUCUUUAGUCCCUUAAGUGAGAUUUUUUUUUCUAUAUGGAUGUGUGGAUGUUACAAAAUUCUGACAUCAAACAAUAAUAUUAAAAUACUAGAAAACAGUAAAAGAAAAAAGAAUGAAAA